AAAUGUUUUGAAUUUCAGCCUCAAAAUUUGCUUUUUUGAUUUUGAAAAGUGUGCGCAUUGGGAAAACAAAACCAAUACGACACACCUUAAAGAGAUUAAAGCGCGUGUGUUGAUCUAUUUAGAUGGCUGACUUCGAGACGGCCAUCGCUGAAUGCGGCUUUGGGCUAUUUAAUGUAUUCAUUAUGCUCAGUGCAUUGCCCUGCUUGAUGGGGAUGGUAUUUUCGGCAGCUUCCAUAAGCUUUGUUUUGCCCACAGCCGAAUGCGAUUUGGGGCUAUCAAUGCAGGAAAAGGGCAUACUGUUCGCAAUUACUUAUGCAGGCAUGAUAUUGUCGGCAGUGCCUUGGGGCUUCAUGGCGGACACAAUGGGACGUCGUGUGGUGUUGAUUAGUGGCGGCUGGCUGGAUAGCAUUUGUGUGUUGUGCGCUGCCUCAAGUCAGAAUACCACACAGCUAAUGGUGUUCAAGUUCUUUGAUGGACUAAUCGUCUGCGGUCCCUUUGCUGUUGUUGUCAGCUAUUUGGCCGAGUUCCACGGCAAGAAGCAUCGGCCCUAUAUGAUGCUCUUUGUUGGGCUUUGUGUAUCAGUUGGUGCAUUGGUAUUGCCAUUGAUGGCCUAUCUACUGCUGCCCAAGCACCUGAAGUUCAAUGUUUUACGCUUGCAGUUUCACACCUGGCACGUGUUUCUGGCCAUUACAGCUGUGCCCAGUUUGCUCAGCGGCUUUUUGCACAUAUUUCUGCCCGAGAGUCCCAAGUUUCUGAUGUCGCAAGGCAACUACAGCAAAGCCUUAAAGUCCUUGCAGUUUGCCUACGCGCUAAACAAGCGCAAGAGUCGUAACUCUUAUCCGAUAACAGAGCUGGUUGAUGUUCGCCCAGAUCGUGAGGAGGAUAUGCCGAAGGGCAAGCUUACGCUGAGGCAGCGUUUUCAGUUGUCCAAACAGCGGUUUGUUGAAGGCUUGCAGCAGCUGAAGCCGAUGUGCGCCAGUCCCUAUUUGGCCAUAUCCAUGCGUAUUUACUGCUUGCACUUUUGUCAGGUGAUGUGUGUCAACUCGGUGCGUCUCUGGCUGCCACAAAUCUUUGCCACCAUGCAUACGUUGGAGGUGCGUGGCGUACACGACUCGAGCAUGUGUGCAGUGCUGAAACAUAAUUCCGAAAUGUCAAAGGCCAGUUCACGUUUAUUGAAAGAGGAAUGCGAUCUAAGUCAUGAUCCGAAUACAUAUAGGGACAAUAUAAUUGUGGCCUGCAUAUGCCUAUUUGGUUAUUGUCUCUUCUUUCCCAUAUUUCGCAUACAAAUUGUGGUGCGGCACUUGCUAAAGGUUUGCAUGUUUGUAUGCACCUUUCUGGUGGGUGGACUGUACUUUUCACAGAGCGCCACUGCAACGCUUGUUAUAGCCGCCAUCUAUUUAACCAUCAUGGGUGUUUCUGCCUCAACUGUCAUUGGCAUGUGCGUUGUUGAAUUCCCCACGCUAAUGCGCACUAUGGUUAUAUUGCUUAUAAUGACUUGUGGACGUUUGGGCUCACUCGUUGGCAAUAUGUUGCUGCCGCUGUUUAUGAAAAUGAAUUGCUGGGCGCCAUUUGUAUAUCUCUCGACCUUAAUGUUAAUUGCAUUCAUUAUUUCAUUAUUCCUGAGAAUUGAUAUACAACAGGCCAUAAAUUGAUACAAUACAAAUAUUGCUUAUGCCAACGUUUUCUCGAAUGAAUAUAUGUACAUAUAUCAAAUAAAAAUGGCUA